AUGUUAACGGACAAAGGCUUGAAACUAAGCCUCAAUAGCCUGCUGGUGGUGGUGAUAGGAGCCCUAAUGGUGUUAACCGUUUAUGUCCGCUUUCGCCUGCCCGUUGAGGACAUCGCGGAGUCAAGUAGAUGGCGAAAAACUGAUCAUUCCCCAUCUAAAGAUCACACCACACGUCCCCAUAUGGAGUUCUGCGGUGAAGAGAAACGUCAUGUGGUUUUCAUCAAAGUACACAAAGCCGGCAGCAGUACUAUUGCCAACAUCCUAUUCCGGUUUGGAAUUUCCCGCAACCUGACAUUUCUGAUGCCAGCCAGGGACGUGACGGUAUCCUUACACCUGUCCCAACCGUGGAGAAACAUUCUCCCCGUGCCACCGGGGGCCGAUCACUACGAUAUCCUGAGCAACCACGCAGUUUACGAGAAAUCCGAAAUAAAGCGCCUGUUUCCUUCAGAUAGUGUUAUAAUUGCUGUUCUCCGCAAACCUAUGGGUCAGCUGGAAUCUAGCAUGUAUUAUUACUACAGCAAGCAAUAUGAUGGCCACGAUGACAAGGUUGGUGCUUACCUCAAAAACCCAGAGUUGCUGAGAAGUGAUCGUUACAUCAAUAACUCAAUGGCGUACGAGUUGGGCGUCCCCAGGCAACAAUUCUUCAAUGAGAGUUUCGUGCGGGCUCACGCCGAAGUUAUCUCAAAAGAGAUCGAUUUUAUUAUGAUUUUGGAAAGACUGGACGAAAGUUUGGUGCUGUUGAAGCGGCGGCUAUGUUGGAAGCUACAGGACAUAAUCUAUAUCAUCCGGAAUGUCAACAAGAAGAAACCUCAUGUACAAACGUACAGAGGAAGAGUUGGAGAGGCUCAAGGCCAUGAUGCCGGCACACUUUGUCUUGUACAACUUUUUCUACAAAAAACUCCAGCAAGAAAUUUCAGCGGCACCAGGACUGCAAGAGGAAGUGGAACAUUUCAAGACGUUAUUACGACUUGUCAGUAAUUUUUGUCAAGACACCUCUGC